GUAGCCAAAGGCUCUCCAAGUAACAAGCAAUUUUUGCUUCGCACUUGCAAGUCAUGCAGCGGCCGGGUGGUUGGAACACACAACCGCCCCAAGCUUCCAGGCCCUUCGGACAAGGCGAACUACAGCAGUUGAUGCAGGCAGGAUUCCAGCAAGAUGCGUUCUGCUUGCCCAAUAUGUUAGAUGGCGGUGAUCGUUUUCCAACGAACAGAAGUCCUAGGGUCUCAAGACCGACCACGCCCACUGGCAAUCGUACUCCAGGAAACCGAACUCCAAUCGGAAAUCGGCCCCCAGUGGCAGUAGGCAACCGAACCCCAACAGGGAAUCGGACACCGGUGGGAAACCGGACGCCAACAGCAGGAACUCGGACUCCGGUCGGUGUGAUCAGAGGUCCAGGGAAUGGGCCAUUUGUUCCAGCCAUGCCUUCAAUGCCGAGCCAUCCACCAAUUGGUCCACCACCUUCGAUGCCACGCCCUAUGGAGAUGAUGCCAAGUGGUGCGCGAACACCACCCCGAACAGGGGCAAGGACGCCUACGACACCACUUCACCCAGGCACCCCUUGUCGGAUUAUGCAGACUCGAAAUGGUGCCACCACCCCUCCAGUGACGACGUUUGGGCUGCAAGGGCCGCCUGCAAGAAGUUACUCUGGUAAAGGUGGCACCCCUAGGAGAAAUGGUGGAGUCACGCCACCGCUGUUAACGCCAAAUGCCUCAGUCCCAUAUUUGGGGCCAGAGAUUGCCAAGCGAUUUGACAGCAGUGAUGAUGGCAUCAUUGUGGAUGGUCGCUGGGCAACUGCAGGUUCGCCAAGUUCAUUUCAGCAAAUGCCUUCGGUGAAGGAUGCAUUUUACAUACAGGAUGCACCUGUGCCAACAGGACCCAAGGCGUUGCCUUGGUUGCCAUCCAGAACAACUCAGAACCCUGACUUCAAAAUGUUAACCCAGGAAAAGUUCCUGGAACGGCUGGAUGCAGUUUGUGACAGCUUCCAGCCUUUGGAUAGUGCUACCACGUACUUGAUUGAAGUGAAAGGAGACGAAGCAGCCCAGUCUCCUCGAGCGUUUCAACUUGCCAAUGCUGAAGGAGCCCUAAGCAGAUUGGUGGAGGAAGCUAUGUGGAGUGGUCCAAUUCGGCAUAUGGCAAUUUGUGUUUUGGCUCAGAGAGUGAUCAUGUUGACUGAUUCCAUCAGAUCCGACGCAGACAAUGCUCCGGGAGGUCGGGAACUGAUGGUCGCCUUGUUGUCAUCUGUGAAGCAGAUGUGUGCGGCCAAUACUGGAGACAUUUCGUGGAGCCGAAAUGACAAGUUUAGUGGUCGAAUAGUUCUGCUUCUUGGAUCUGCAAGUUGUACUGGUGAGCAAUUACUGAAGGACUGCGGCGAACGCUAUAGAGAAAUAGAUCAAAACUGCAUGUUGAUUGCAGUUUCUAUGGGUGCUGAACCAGCAGGCUCUGCUCAACUGGGCAAAACCAUUGCUUGUGCCGUCAAUGCAUGGGGGGAGGCUGAAGCCAGAAAUGGACCUCCUGGUACUACUGGUGGCGCUGGUCGACCUGAACUGUUGAUUCACCUUUUCGGAGGGGCCGGGUUUGCUGCUUGGGCAAAGAUUCUGAAGCUGUGGCAAGAGCAAUCGCAUUUCCCAGACGAAAAGCGGCUCCUCGGAAGAAUGCUACCCUUGGAGCGGAUCUUGAAGGGUGUUGUCCUCGAUUCAGCGCCAGGCGACUCUGGCAACACGGUGAUGGGAGCUUUCCCGAUGGUACAGGGAGAUGCAGCCCUGUUGUCAGCAAUGAACUCCUUUGGAGCGGAUGGGUCCCAGCCAUCAGAGGCACAAAAGUUGCAGGCUACACAGAGGGCAAUGAGAGAUUUGACUAAGAAGGGUGGACCCCUCUGGGAAUACUACGAGAGUAUCAUCGCGCAGGAUCAGGGUUUGCCACUGCAGGUCCAUCAGUAUGAGCCCACGGUUCCUCUACUCUUCAUCUUCUCUGAUGCAGAUAAGAUCGCGCCAGCUUUCCAAAUAGAACGAUACGUUUUUGAGUGUGAGCUUCGCCAAGCGCAAAGAGUAUCGGAGAAUGGGCUUUCACCUGUGCCUGUACCACGGGUACUUCAUCUGGAGACCUCAGCACAUGUGUCACAUCGUGCCGGACCUACGGAGGCGGACUACUGGAAGAGUGUUCAUGACUUUUGGAGAUUUUCACUCUUCUGCUGAAGGGCUAUGCUCCAAGUGCAGAAUUGAGAUACAGCUGGAAGCUGAUCUUCUCAACUAAUUGG